AUGUUGCGACAGUUCAUGCCACGACGGCGAGCGGCGCCCAAGAGCAAGAAGUUUGGCAUGUUUAUCUUUGCUGACCAAGAACCCGAUACCGCCGCUGUCGUUGACAUUGUUGCGAUCCAUGGUUUAAAUGGCCACUAUUUCCAGACGUGGGCAACACCCGUAUCUGACGGGCGAGAGGUCAAUUGGCUGAAAGAUCUCCUCCCGAAACAGAUCCCGAACGCUCGAAUCAUGUCAUUUGGUUACAAUUCAGCAGUGCAGAUGAGUAAAUCUGCCGGGGACAUUUCCUUGUUCGCGGAUCAGCUCCUGGAGGACUUGUUCAUUAGAAGGCAGCGCCAGGAGGAACCAGGUCGGCCGAUCAUAUUCAUCUGUCAUAGUCUAGGCGGAAUUGUUUUCAAACAGACACUCAAUCGGGCAUUUGAAAAGGCAAGGUAUCGACCACUGCUGCAGAAGGUCGUCGGAGUGAUUUUCUUUGGCACACCCCAUCAAGGGUCUGAUCUUGCCAGCUGGGGUACUGUGCUCAGCAAUAUCAUCCGAUUUGGCACACUUGGUACAACCACCAAUUCGAGGCUGUCUAGAGACUUGGAAAGCAACUCCCGCAUCUUGGCCAGCAUAUCCAAGUCCUUCGUGGAACGUGGGAAGGACCUGGAGAUUUAUAGCUUCUAUGAAACCGAUAUGAUGAAGAGGUUGAAUUGUCGGGUUGUCGAAAACCACUCUGCGAUCUUACAAUGGUCUAACGAAACUGCCCUCCCGAUGAAUGGCGAUCAUCGCAGUAUUUGCAAAUUCUCUGACGAAAACGAGGAGAGAUACCAACCUGUGUGGGUGAACCUUUCGAAUAUGGCCCGAAAAUAUGUGCAUGGUCCUUCGGGAAAUGAGCAAAUGGGAAAAGAAAAAUUGCUUUCGGAUUUGUGGACGUCUAAUUACGAAGAUCAUAAGGGUCGAAACCUGUGCCCCAUAGAAGGAACAUGUACGUGGAUCUUUCAGCAUCGUGCAUACGAACAGUGGUUGCAAACCCCAUCGUCAUUUAUUUGGAUAUCUGCCCACCCUGGAUGUGGCAAAUCCGUUCUCACCUCCUAUUUGGUGGACUAUCAUCGGCAGGCAGACAGCGAAUUGUCAUCACAGAACUUGUGUUUUUUCUUUUUCAAAAGAGACGAUAAGGAACAGAGCAAUGCCAUUUAUGCAAUGCAGGCAAUAUUGCAUCAGCUUUACAAAGCACAAGGAAGUCUGGCAAAACAUGCCAGCAAGCACCUGACAAGUGGGCACAGCCUGGAUAAUUUGGCCACCUUAUGGGAGAUCUUCACCCGGUCGGUUAGUGAUAGUCACGCAAAACCCACCCUGUGCUUUAUUGAUGCCCUUGAUGAAUGCGAACCUGUUUCUCGAGAACAACUGAUACGACUCAUGUUGGAUUCAUUUGUUACCUGGGGAGACGGACCAGUGGCCAAGAUCUUAAUCAAGAUCUUGAUCACAAGUCGACCUGACAAUUCCAUAAAGGUUGCCUUCAACAAAGCCCAGAACCAAGUCAAGCUGGGUCAAUCAAGGAGUCCUCAAUCUGGAGAAACUUCUGGGCCAUUUUGCUCGAUGAUUCGGCUCCGGGGAGAGGAUGAAACGGAGGCAAUUACCAGGGACAUCGAGUUGGUUGUUAAAGCUGCUAUUAAUGGCCUCGUGGUUCAAGGGUUUCCUGAAAAAUUAUUGACAGAUAUUAUGGCCGAGCUCAUCGAUCGCGCCGACAGGACCUUUCUGUGGACAACACUAAUCAUCAGGUUACUGCAAGAGCGAACUGAGGCAGGAGCGUCUCAGAGAGAUCUACGUGCCAUUCUCCAGAGCCGCAGCGUCGAUGCCAUCUAUACUGAGCUGCUCAAAGCACGGAAAGAUCCUAAAAAAGCGAGAAAGAUGCUACAGAUUAUGAUUGCAGCAAUCCGACCCCUCACAGUGGCUGAACUCAGCGUUGCAUUGGCCGUUCAUCCCGAUCAUGACACAUUCGCUGUGUCUGAGUCCUCUACACGACCUAGCCUUCAAACGUUUGACAAUGUUAACUCCGACUUGGUUUAUCCACUCGAAAACCAUGUCAAGGCUCUCGGUGGACAUUUCGUGCGAAUUAUCAAGGAGAGGGUUUACUUUGUCCAUGAAACUGCACGAGAAUUUCUGCUGAGGCCAACCGCACAGUAUCGAAAUGCUGCUACCACGCCAACUUGCGAUGCAAGGUCGCCAAAUCUCCAGGGGUCGGAGGAAAUGAGUGGUCUUUUCGAGAUUGAGCUUGGCGAAGAGGCUCCAGUAUUUUCUGGGAACACCAUUAACGAUACUGAUAACCACGCCAUGGCCGAAGGCUUACCGCUCAGUCCAUUCAAUGACUAUUCCAACAGUGGUCACCAGUGUAUCGUGGAAGAAGGCUCUGUAUGGCAGCACACCUUCUCAUUCUCUGUGUCGCACGCUCUCCUACUGGAAGUGUGCGUGACAUACCUUUAUUGCCUGGCAAAAAAUUCAAAAUCCGGCGAACGAGGACAGCCUCCCACAGGAAACAUUGGUGAGUUCUUCCGAUACGCUGCCAAGUCGUGGAUAAGCCACUUCCACAGGGUGCGCACGCGAAUCCCAUCGAAUGCCCUGCCAUAUUAUUAUGGGCUGUGCCAUCCCAAGUUCCAUGGCUUUCGGGUGUGGAUUCAAGAAGUUGGGUUGAAUCCGCAAACGAUGCUUAGUGGUGCGCUAGGCAGCACCGAGGAUGUGCAAGACCGUCUUUUGAGACUCUUCCAACUCGACCCCGAUGAUGUUGAUUUGAGCCGGUCGGGCAACGAUAUCGACGAUGAUCCUAUCGAUACCACUGAAAUAGCCGGGCCUGCUGGCCUCCCAGACGUCAAUUCCAUACGCAUACGGGCCCUAUCGAGCAAUCCCAGUGCGCAAAGGGUACACAAUUUUCCGACUCAUGUUGAUGAAUUUGGAUUUGUUUCUCUUCGACCAAAGCAGGAAUAG